AUGCGAUAUGACUUUGUAAUAAUUUUCAGACACGGUGUAUCGGACAAGACCUACGUUAUAAACGAUAUCUUUGAAACGACAAACAACAUACUUAUGUUGACCAGGGCGACCAAACAAAACACAUUCAUUGCCUCUUCUGGACUCGUUGAUAUGAUCUUUGAAAAAAGUGGAGAUAUUGUUAAGACACUGGAUAAGAAGAUAAUCAACGAUGAUUUUAAGAGGGCUAAUAAAGAGAUUCGAGUCGAGUGUGAAAAUAUGAACUUUGAGUUAAUUGUUAUAUGUAAACACCAAACCAGGUCCGACAACGCCAUUGACUACACCAUUACUUGUGUUGACAAGCUCCUGGGAACCGGAACAUUUUCUGCGGUAGUACCGUUGUAA